CUAGAAUCUUAAACUAUGUAUUAGUUAAAUUACCUAUCUCUUCUCUUUCCCCUGCACAAUAUCACCCCGACACUAGGAUUGAGGUUAUUCUUCUUUAUCCAUCAUCACCUGGCGACAUCUCACCCCGUAGUCUAUUCUACCACCGGGUAUCUAACUUGAGUUCAAUGCCGCCAGUGACUCCUGGACGAUAUCCGACCCGUCCAAAGACGGGGCCGGGCCAAGCAGACCCUACAAGAACAUCCGAUAUGAGAACGUCGCAGCCAGCUCAUCCAUGGCAGAGAGAGAACCCAAGCGGCCAGGUGUUCACCCAAAAGGAAGUAUGACGAGUUCUUCAAUGCAUUCCCUCAGCCCCAUCGACCAACAAGAUUUCGCAUUCCCACGACUCCUGCCAUCCACAAGUUCAUCACUGAGCUCGAACUUAUCAAGAAAGAUAAGAUCCCUACAAGUGAAUGGGCAUAUCCUGAUGAGAUCUUUGAGGCUGCCAUGACGGACAUCAAGUACUGGGACGAACAUAGAUGCUACACCAUCCAGGCUAAGUGGAUUAAGACAUGCACCAGCUGCAAACCGAUCUUUGGAUUCAGCAAUGUUGUCAAGCGCUUGAACGCCCAUGGUCGAUUUCAGCUUUCUCGUGGGUGUGCUCCCAAGCGUCUCCUUGGAGGCAAUACCUAUGCCUGGAUCGACAAGCCAACCAUUGUGAAGUUUGUCCAGCCUGAAUCGGGUCAUGAGAAGACUGGACACUGGGGCGACAACCUGCCCCAGAAACUAAGCACUCACGUCAACUCAUACAACAAGAAAUGAAGUGUCUUUGGUUCUAUGCAAAUUCUCGAGAUUUGGGGUGGAAAUUGCAAUGGGCACUGGGGACUUGAGUGGACGCUGUCAGGGGUGAUGGAUUCAGAUAUCCAGUAACUCAACUUCAAGAUGCAAUAACCACACCAUCUCCCACGUAAUCUUACCUUCCC